UACAAAAUGUAUUUAAUGGGACGGUGAGUCGGUGACCCACCCUCCAUACUUACAACUCGGACCCACCCAUCUUUCUCAUUCUAUUGAACUCGAAGAUUCAUCACAAUUUUCCUCCAAGACUUUGAGUGUUACUGUGAGUUGCAAUACUUCAUCCUUCGACGCUGAACCCGAAUCUAACUCUUCAAAAUGUAUUGACAGGAAUAAGUCUUGUGCGAACUCUAGUGCAACCUUCAUUUUUUGAAUUCCAGUGACACAUGUGGGUGUUGGGACCGCAAUCUUCUUGAAUGAAUGCUACUAAAGUUCUUAUCUUCUGCAGUACAGCAGCACAUGAAUUGGGUUUUAGUAAUCAUAGACAACAGUGCCGGCGCCAAGCUGUGGUUCAGCGAUGGCCAGCCCAUCGGAGCAAUCCGUGGCGGGUGCGAGUCGAGUCACAGGCUGAUCAUUGACAAACAAGGUUUCAUCGAUAUCACUGUACCCUACUCAGUACUUCCGUCUAUCGUCGAUCUGAACAAUACGGUCGCCAUCUGCCCAGAAGAUUCGGUGAACAUUAACCUCACAAUCCCUGGGGAUGGUUCUUUCUCAUUCUCAAUCACUCCAUCUACGUCUGUUCACAGAUCUGUCCUGACGGGGACGUUAAAGCCACUGCCGGAGGUGUCGGAUGUUGAUGUAUCAUUUUUCGACAAGAUGAUGGACUUGCACUAUGUGCCAUACCAAGACGUACCAGACGCGCCAGGCAGGGACGUAGAGGAGAUUAAAGCUUUAGGGUUACUCCACUUUCCGUUCUCGCCACACAGCUUUCAGCUGGCAAUGGCGGUCUAUGACUGGACGACUGCAUCAUUUGCGCGCAUGGUGCUGAUGAAAAUAUUUGAGUACACUAGUAUCUCAGCCACGCCGUAUCCUCUUGACUCUCCAAAUAUUGCAACCGCGAUCUGGAAGUCAAACUGGGGCUCGUACGUUCCAGGCAACAAGGCCUACAUGAAUUCUUUUAUGAUGAAGCCCGCAUCCACGUUGCAAGACGUUCAGGAUCAGCUUCGCGACAUCAAGGCUCUCCUGCAGAAGUUUAGUGCCGUUCAAAACCGGUUACUCAGUGCUGCUUUUGCGGCGAUGCCUCGCACAUCCGUCUUUUAUGCGCCUCAAUUAUUCAGCGGGCAGCUUGACAUAUCCCAGCUCAGCCUCGAUUACUUCGGCAUCGAGAUGCUAGAGUGCCCCCUCAACGCCGGGCCGACUAGCGAAUCGCUCGUGGUGUCUUUGGAGGCAGCGAUGGCAACUUUCGUCAAGGUGGGCAGCACUAUCACAACCAAGAUGGUCUGGAGCUUUGCGGAUUCGAUCGACAUCGCAAAACAUUACCAAAAUGGCCUUAUAGUGGUGGUCAACCCUCUCGACAACGACUCGUGGGUCUGGGAUGCGGCAAGCUAUAUCACGCCGCUCUCGGAUGAUCCUGAGAAGAAUGAGUACACAUUCGCUCCAGGGACGUCAUUCGUUGUGGAGUCACUAGACGUACGGGAUAUUGAUGAGGAUGAGAGGAACAAGUCCGUUCAGUUUCUGACUCUGAAGUUGCAUGCUCCUGGCUCCAUUCUCGAUGAUCGAACCACGCAACCUCCGAGUCGGCCUCCACUCGAUAACAUUCCUGCGCGCCGUUCUAGUGGCCCCAAACGAUGUCAUUGUGUUGAUGAUGCUGAAAGAACGAAAGGUCAGGAUAAGUAGGAUGUGCGCUUGAGGCUUUGAAGUACCAAUCCAAUGCGAAGUAUCGUAUAUGUAGUUUUAUCUUGUGCACAAGUGAUGUACUUCGACCAGCUGGAUCCCUCCACGCCACGUGGCCAGCCCUCGAGUCGAUGUCACCAACAAUUCCAUUUCUGCAGGUGGCGUUUUUUCCCGGAACCCACCCGUUCCUUGUUGAUUC